AUGGCCACAACGGCUUUUGACCAAGCGGGGUCGCUAUUCACUGGUUGGAUACAGUCGUGCUGGUCAUGUUUGUCCCAAGGCCACGACGCCGAGAAGGACGAGAAUGACGCUGAGAACGAUAAACACGCGCCGAGACUUCCUGAAGGUGUCGAACGGGAGAUGCAAGUAUGCCAUUCCGAGCCACAUCUAGUUUCCCCCAUGAAGUUGAAGGUGUAUGAUGAUCCCCCAAGUCCUCUCCCAAGUCCUCGAAUGCACCAUGUCCGGGGAUCGCUGUCGAUGUCAUCAUGGCUGGAGGAGGGUCGGAGCCUGGCGACGCGGGCAUCCAGUAUGACCAUAUCCCGGAAGAGGCACACUACUACACCCUUGAAGAUAAGUGGGCCAUCGGACUUCCGUAGGGUUCAAUCAUAUCGUGACCCUAUUCCGACCAAGUAUCAGCCUCUCCAACUUAGCAUCCAUCGGUCGGGAAAUCGAUUGUCGGACCUGCCGUCCUUUGAUUUAUUCCAAGUUUGGGAAGAGCACCAAUACCAGCCCUUGACAGUACCACCUCGAGCUCUCACUCCACCUAACAUCCGUCAUCGACGAUGUGUGUCAACUGCGUCUGGCUUCAAGGUGAAUCGCAAGCCUGUUGGAUCCGGAGAUAAUCGUCGCUCUUUGGGCAACAUGGAGCUCAUUUCACCUCGCACGCCUGUCCACGUUGCAAGCCCGUUGAUCCCCCAUUUUUCUGUUGUAUCUCCGGUUCAGUUCAAUCCUUUCAAUACUCCCUCUCCAGCGGAAUACCUUCCAGUCUCUCCUCUCAGACAUGGCCGAACUCAUUCCAACGAGAGCAAGCUCACACUGGACACCGAUAUCUUGAACGACCACUCGACGGGUUCCCCAGCCUCAUCAACACUGGAGGCUCUUCCUCAGACCCCGGUGACCAUAAAGGGCUCGAUGGAUGGAACCCCGACAAGCGACCGACAUUCCCCUAAUCAAAUUUCUUUCCUGUGGGAUUCCCCAUCAACCGCGAGCUCUCGCACCUUCCCAUCUCGUCUAUUCUCGCUACAUAGUCCCUCGUUCACCCCAACAGACAACCGUAAAACCAUCGCAUCGCCUUCGCUUCCAAACCGUCUCUCGCAGUGGUUCUUCCCAGGAACAGCAAAGGACACAUCCCCUAUUCAAGUCUCCCUCCCCAACGAGAAUGGAUUCCAAUGGGAGCGAACCCGCACCAUGAGUGGUUCCACGGUCGACUCAAACAUUACGGCUCCAGGCGGUACUGACUGGUGGAGACCGAAUAACUCUAUCUCGAGCUCAACUACUGGUUUCUCGACACCACGAGUGUCUUUGCAUAAGCCAUCAAUCUCAAAGGACAAGGAUGUCGAGCUGGGUCUCUUCCAUCCAACAAUGCCUGAAGUGCGACAGCCCGGUAAUGCGUUUGCUUCGCUUCGACAUGAGGACUCGCUGGUCUUUCGGGAACCUGAAAUCGGAGUUGCAUUCUAA